AUGGCUUCGGUGCAGACCCCACUAGGUCCCUUCGGGCUGCUGAACAUGCUUAUCCGCCUCCUCUUCGUCGUGCCUCUCUUACUCUUCACCGUGAUCCGCGGGCUUCCGAUCGCCAUUCGCCGCGGGGUCUCGAUCAAGUUCUGGCUCCUGAGCGCUUUCUACCGCGUCGUGAUGGGCUACCUCAAACCCGUCGAGAUACAAUACCUUGCCGCCCCUGCGCGGCGGGUUUAUCCGACAUGGCUUGCGAAGAAGAGGACUAAUGCCUCACGUCUUGGGAACGCCAAUGCUCUCAACCGGCUAGUUGAGGAUGUCGAACCGCUCGGUGAGGUGGGCGCCCGCAUCAUGUGGCUCGGAGACCGCAAGAAGGCUGCGAAAGUCGUGCUCUUCUUCCACGGGGGUGGAUACGUCGCCCCCAUCUUGAAGGGCCAUUUCACGUGGUGUUGGAAUUGUUACGUCGGCGACGGUCCCGGCGUGAAGGGCGAGGUAGCCGUCGCCAUCCUCGAGUACACGCUCUGCCCGCAGGCACAGUACCCGACGCAGCUGCAGCAGGCCGUCGCAGCACUGAACCACGUCUUGAAAUCCGGCAUCGCGCCCGGCGACCUAGUAAUGGGGGGGGACUCGGCCGGGGGCAACCUGACCUGCCAGGUGAUCAACCACAUCCUUCGCCCGCACCAGGAGGUCGAGCCUGUCCGCCUCCGAAGUCCGCUAGCUGGCGUGUUCAUGGUCUCGCCACUUCUCACCUUCCGGACGGAGACGGCCUCGUUCCGCGAUAACGGCCACGUAGACAUGCUCUCAGCUGCCAUCGUUAGCAGAGGCAACACGUACAUCUUCCCGGUCGAAUCUCUCAAGAGGCGGGCCGCGAACCCUCACCGACCGCUGCCUCUGGACGGCGACUCCGAGUGGUUCGGCGAGAUCCAGACCGUCGCCAAGGCGGUCUACUUCACUGCCGGUGAGCAGGAGGUGUUCCGAGACGAUGUGCGGGCGUUCGCGGAGGCUGUGAGGCGGUGCAACCCGGACGUGGACGUCAAGCUGGACGUGGCGGCCAACGAGAUCCACGAUUCGAUACUGCUCGAGUCUGAGCUCGGCGUGAUAGGAGAUGCCACUAAGAGGAUGAGGCAGUGGGCUUCCAAGUGUCUUGCGUAA